CAAGGAAAGGGGGCAAUCAAGAGACAAGAGAAAAUGGACCUCCUAGACGGGGCUCCACAUGCGGCCUCCGUAAUUGAUGGUGGUGGUUGCUCCGAUUGGUGGUGUUGGCUAACAGUAGUGGUCGUGGUGGUUUUUGUGAUGGUGGUAUAAAGUAGGAGAGAGAAAGUGUAGGGGUGGGGGUGAAGUGGGAGAGAGAUGUGAUAAGGGUGUAAUAGUCCGUUCGCACCAAAAUGUGGACGAUUUUGAUUAAUUUACGGGUGGCUUUUAGUGAUUCACUUUUGUUGUUUUUUUUCAUCAAUAACACAACCCAACUAUAAUUCAAUAAACCCCUGCAUUUUGCCAGCUUCCUUCAACCAUCAUCCAAACCCAGAAAAACCCCACCAUUUCAUCACUCUGCAAAAACCUCAUCAUCUUCUUCCCCAAAAUCCCUCAAAAACCCCACAAUUUCAUCACUCACGAAAUCACAAUCAAUUACAAUUCUUGAUUAAUGCAAAAACCACAUUUCAAUGUCAAAACCAACCCCUCAAACCAAUGAUCUCUCAAACAUAGACCUAAGUCCAGAAGAUUUCAAUUCAUCCCUCCCCAUUAAGAAAGUCCCAUAUGGAGACGUAUUUGAGGCGGCUCGAGCCGGAGACGUCGACCGCCUUCGAUAUCUCCUCGAAUCUGGUGUAAAUGUCAAUGCCAGGGAUCAGUGGGAUUCAGUGGCACUUUACUAUGCUUGCUUAGCUGGUCAUCUUGAAGCUGCUCGUAUGCUUCUUGAAAAUGGCGCCAUUUGUGAUGAGCAUACUUUUGAUGGUGAUCGUUGUCACUAUGCUGCCCUUAACUUGAAGGUUAGGAAGCUUCUUAAGGCGUUCGAGGCUCGCCCGCCUCCCCUUGGACCGCUUCAGGCCGCUUUGAGGGAGACUUUUCUUGGGUGUACCGCAAACCGGGAUAUUUUGGAACUGUCUGAUAGUCAGCUUCAGUUUUCUGGCUCCUCGAUGCUGGAUGGACCCAAUUACAAUCACUUUCCUCCCGAUAUUGUAUUUUAUGUGCAUGGUAGGCCCAUAGAAGCUCACAGAGUAAUUUUAAGUGCCCGGUCACCAUACUUUAAAAAAAAAUUUGAGACUGUUUGGAAGGAUCGAAGAGAAGUACGAUUCUCAAAGGAAAAACUAUCUUACCCUGCUCUCUACAGCCUUCUCCACUUCUUUUAUUCUGACCGGCUGGAGGUCGCAGUAGAUGACAUGGAAGACUUAGUCAGAAUUUGCAGUGUGUGUCAUUGUGAAGCAUUACGGAGAGUGGUUGAGAAAGAACUAAAUCACCAAAGAUUCACAGACUUCAAGGCUUUGCGAGAAGUAGACAGUUCUCAGAGACGUUUUAUAUUGCAGGGUUUGUCCCUUCCCGAGGAAGACCGUCUUCCUGCUGCUUUACAUCAUAUUCUUCUACUCUCCUUGACCAAUUCCUCUAUGGAACAGGAUUUUGGUAAUGUUGCUGAUAGCUUAGUAACUUCUGUUGGUAGAUUACAAAUCCAUGAACAUGAAGAUGAUCUUGCUGAUAUAACCGUUCGAGUUGAUGGACGGGUUUUCCGUUGCCAUCAGGUCAUUCUGGCUUCCAGAUCAGAGUAUUUCAAAACAAGAAUAUCCAGGAUGGCUGAUUUCCUGGAGGUCAAUGAUGACUUGCUUAGUCAUGCCCUUCCCUGUCUUGAAGAGCAUGAUCUAAGCCAUGAGGCAUUUGAGAAAAUGAUAGAAUAUAUGUACACUGAUGGUUUAAAAAAUGUGGAACCUCGACAGGCUGAGGAAUUAUUUGAUGCUGCUUCAAGAUAUCUGUUAUUUCCCCUAAAGCGUGCUGUAGCUGAUGCACUACUCCCACACCUAGAAAUGGCCUCACCUUCGGAAUUAUGCCAUUGGCUGCUUUUAGCAGAUAUGUAUGGUGUCCUGAAGAUUAGGGAAUACUGUCUGGAUGCAAUGGCAUGUAACUUUGAGACAUUUGCUGAUACACGAGAAUUCCAAGCCAUGCUUUUGACUCUUCCUCCACCAUCAGGAGACUCUUCCCUCCGAACCACUGCUCCUAGUGCCCCAGGAGCAGGAGGACACAGUGACCAGGGUAAUAUUCUUGAUGAUUUGCGAGAGAAGUGGCUUGAGAUUGAAGCUGCCGAGCUGGAUGAGAGAGAUGAGAGUGCCUUGCUUUUUGACAAGCGACUUGAUAUGCUGAUGCAAACUGCCGAACAAGAACAAGAUAUGUCUGAUUCCAUCGACUAGACUACAGAUUGCUCAACGAUGAUGGUAUAAUAGAGAAGUUUGUUAUAACAUUUCUUAACAAACAAUUGGCCAAUUGUGAAUACAUAAAUUGUUAUCAUAGUUAGAGAAAUCCCAUCUGAGUGAUUUUAAGGUGCACUCAUAAGGCCGAAAGUUGCAGUGUCAGUAAGUAGUUAUACUAUGGCCAAAGUUAGACUUAGCGACUUGUGCUUGUAUACUCUCGUCAUUCUUUUUACCACGAUACAUGAAAUGGAAAAUCUUAAAUUUAUGCCA